UGCACCCUAAUGUAACUAGAUACGUAACUAUAUAAUUUUCAAUGCUUCUGACCUAAUUAUUUUUAUCACCAAAUUGGAUUAGUCUAAUUACAUUACUGUAAUGGACACAUAGUUUUAGUAGUACAAGAUCAAUGCAUGGUGAAUAUGGUUUACGAAAGGCUUCCAAUUGCUGCAGAUGGUGGCCAUAGAUAUAACGAUGGUACUUCUUACGUAGGAACAUGGAAUACAGAAGGAAAACGACAAGGGGAGGGACAUUUGCAACUUCCUGAUGGUACUAGAUAUGAUGGAAUGUUUGAAAAUGGAUUAUUCCAUGGAAUUGGAGUUUUAAGGUUUCCCGAUGGAGCAAAAUAUGAAGGGGAGUUUUUCGAUGGUUGGUUCCACGGCUAUGGCAUAUUUUGGCGAUCAGAUGGUAUGAAGCAUGAGGGUGAAUUUAGAGCAGGAAAAAUAUGGGGCCUUGGUUUGACUACUUUCUCAGAUAAUACCAACGGGUUCCCGAGAAACGAAGGAUUUUUCCACGACUGUCAGAUGAAGACCUCUUCAAGAUGUCCUCAGGUCAUCAAAAAAGCCCAAAGGGUGGCUUUCAUGGCUCGAAAUCAGUAUACAGAAAAGAUAAAAGCGUAAAAGUAAAUAUUUUUUGGCUUUGUGCAGAUAACAAAACAUGUAUUAAGUAGUAUUUGUUUUACCAUUAAAUUUUUUACCAGUAUAA